AGACCGGUCCGCCGACAACACCGGUCCUGUAAAUCAAACAAGCUUUCAAUUGCCGUCUCUGUAAAUUCAAUCGGAGUAAAGAAUAAAUAUUGAAAGCAAGAGAGCACAAGAGAAAAACAGAUCGUGUUCUUACAGGGAGAGAGGGGGGAUUUUUUGAAAAUAGCCCUCCCGAUCUCCGACCACCAAGCCGGUAAACCCAGAAGACGGCGACAUCGAGGAGAUAUUCUCGAUUUCACUCCUAUGUUUCCAGAAUCCCCUCUUUUUGAUGCGCCGAUCCAAUGCCCCAACAGCGAGGCCUAGCUCCGACAAACUGAAAACCGACGAUUUUCCAAAAAUGGAUUCCGUCAAACUCAACUUCAGGCCUACCCGAUCCAUUUCCCGGAACCCUACCCGACACAACCUAAAAACUAAAUUCAUAUUCUAUUCUUCAAUCGCCUUACUCCUGGCAUUCGUCUGCUUCAUCUUCGAUUCCUCCAAGAAUCUCAUAAUCAAACAUAUGGCGAACAGGAAUUACGCGAUAGUCGUCGAUGGCGGAAGUACGGGAACCAGGAUACACGUGUUUGAGUACGAGGUCAAAAAUGGAAUUCCGGUGUCCAAUUUUCGGGGAAAUGGUUUACACUCAAUGAAGGUGAAUCCUGGGCUUUCAGCAUACGCUGAGGAGCCGGAGAUGGCGGAAUCAGCAAUUAAUGAAUUGGUGGCGUUUGGGAAGAAGGCGGUACCUAGAGAAUUUUGGGGCAGGACUAGAAUCCGGCUAAUGGCUACUGCCGGGAUGAGGUUAUUGGACUCUGAGGUCCAGGAUAGGAUUCUAGGUGUAUGCCGGAAAGUCUUGAAGGGUUCUGGUUUUAUGUUCCAGGAUGAGUGGGCAUCUGUUAUAUCAGGAUCCGAUGAGGGGGUUUAUGCUUGGGUUAUUGCUAAUUAUGCCCUGGGAACACUUGGUGGUGAUCCGCAGCAAACGACAGGAAUUAUUGAACUUGGAGGCGCAUCAGCUCAGGUUACAUUUGUUUCUGAUGAGCCUCUGCCCCAGGAGUACUCAAGUAAAGUUAAGUUUGGAAAUCAUACUUACAGCCUUUACAGUCACAGCCUACUUCAUUUUGGCCAGAAUGUGGCAUUUGACUUGUUGCGGGAGUCCCUUGUUGCAAGAGGGAAAGAUCUAGGCAUUGACUCCUUUCAAAGUGUUAAACCAAUUGAUCCUUGCAUUCCUAGAGGGUAUAAACAUGAGGCAGAACCAUGGAGCUUUUCGCCCAAUCAUUCUGCAGAAAAGACAAAAUAUCUCUCAACAUUGAAUCCCAAUGGUAACUUUUCUGAGUGCAGAUCUGCUGCACGGUUAUUAUUGCAGAAUGGCAAAGAGAAGUGUUCAUAUAAAAGCUGUGAUAUUGGAUCAGUUUUUAUACCAAAGCUACGGGGGAAAUUCUUGGCCACAGAGAAUUUCUUCCAUACGACUAAGUUCUUUGGAUUGGCCCCAAAGGCAUUUCUCUCUGAUCUGGUAGAUGCGGGGGAAAAAUUUUGUGAAGAAGAUUGGUCAAAGUUGAGGAGCAAGUACAACUCACUAGCAGAAGAGGAUUUGCUUCGCUAUUGCUUCUCUUCAGCAUAUAUCGUGGCCUUACUUCAUGAUAGUCUUGGAGUUUCUUUGGAUGAUGGAAGGAUUGGAUAUGCUAAUCAAGUGGAUGAAGUCCCACUUGACUGGGCAUUAGGAGCUUUCAUCAUGCAGAGUAGUGCUGACUUGGAUAGAGAGUCUUCUUCUAACUGGUUUGCAUUUAUAUCUGGUAGUGAUGUGUCGACUAGUUUGAUAACUGUCUUUGGCAUUUUGGUUUUAUUUAUUUUUGCGGUUUCUUAUGUACGAAACUGGAGAAACCCCCACCCUCAGUUGAAGACCGUGUACGAUCUGGAGAAAGGGAAGUACAUAGUUAAAGCGUGAGUAGGUAUUCGUAGCUUCUGUCUCUCCCGGGAUGGGAAGAACCAAAAAGACCAUGGCUCACACGGUGGUGGAAGAAGAUCCAAAUGGUCCGUUUUUUGAAACUUGUCCAAUUUACAUGAAGCUUCCAAUUCACAAGGGCAUGUAUUAUGCAACACACACACACAGUAACUAUUUGGAAACUAUGUUGAUGGAUAGAGUAGACAAGGACACAAGGUCAGGAGGCAGACUACAGAAUGUAAAUUGGGGGGAGCAGGGAGGGUCCUAUGCUGCCCAAAUGGAUUGUGUCCACAUGAGCUAGAGGAUCUUUGGAUCACACUCUGUGCCACGGGCUUGAGUGGGAGAAGGGUCCAACGGUUCCCAUACCUGUUUGAGCAUUACCCCCUUGGGCAGCAUUGACCAGACCAAUACAGUACAAUGUUCAUUUGAGUUCAUUCUGUCCUGGGUUUUCCAUAUUGGUGUAUAGCUUAUUGUACCAAAAUGUGAUAAUGUGAAGAUCAUUUAAAUUUCAUACUUCCAUGUCUGAUUUUUC